AUGACGUUCUGCGCGUCUGGUGACGCGCUACAUGAUGCCAUACAAUUUCUCUCACUUGGGCGGAAUAUCGGGCAUGGUUGUAAUGCCGCUGUAUACGCACUGAGAGUUCGAGAUGUGGAAAAGCCUCCAUCGGGUGUUUAUGAGUGCUCUGAACGUGCAUUAUUCAGUCGAAGUCCCGCAUUGCAUCACUAUCCACUUGCUCUAAAGCUAAUGUACAAUUUCGCUUUGGAUAUGUCUCCACGUUUGGGAGACAACUACUUGUGGCGAUCCAUGGGUGCCGAACUUGUUCCAUUGCCAGAAAGUGCUCAAUUGUUACAUGGAAAAAUGGGGAGUUUUCGACCACUUCCAUCGUCUCAUCCAAACGUUGUGCGAGUUCUCACUGCAUUCAUUGAUCGGAUGCCAUAUUUGGACGAUGCCAAACUUCUCUACCCUGACGCGCUCCCAACUGCGUCGUUUUAUGAUAUAGUUAUUGACGAGCCUAGAACAAUGUUUAUUGUCAUGAAAAGGGACAUGAAGAGCGACAAUAUCUUGCUAGAAUUCAACCUUCCUGACGAAAUACCACAUCUUGUUAUAUCUGAUUUCGGAUGUGCUUUGGCAACGGGAAGUUGGUGUGUUAAAUACAUCGAUGACACGAUCGAUUUGGGAGGAAAUAUGAAAAUGCGAGCACCUGAAAUUGUUACGGCAUCACCUAGUUCUGAUUGCAUCGUUGAUUUCCGCAUGGCGGACACUUGGGCGGCUGGAGCACUGGGAUACGAAAUAUUUACCAGGGUAAAUCCUUUCUAUACGCGAAUGAGUAAUGCAACCUACAAAGAAGUUGAUUUGCCUAGUUUACCUCUUGGAGUAAGUAAACCCAUUCGUGAUGUAGUCUAUCAUCUUCUUCGAAGAAAUCCUCGUGAGGUGAGAUAUAUGUUAGUCGUGUUACAAGCCAAAGCCAUAUUCCCUUCAUCGGAAAUUCUAUCACGGAGCACUGAAUGUUUUGCGAUGUUGAUGAAACUCACGCUUUUGAACUAG